AUCCCCCAUCAAGAAUCAAACUUCAAAGCUACCUUUCCCAUUUCUUUUUGUUUCCCAUUCUACUCUACUCACCCUCUCACAAAUUCAUAACUCAAACUCUAUUAGCUCCGUUCUUAUCUGCAUCGCCAUCAUGAAGCAAAAGUUAGUGAUCAAGGUCUCAAUGAGCAAGGAAAAGUCACGAUCCAAGGCGAUGACGAUUGUCGUCGGCGUCCACGGCGUCGACUCGGCGGCCUUGGCCGGGCCGGAAAAGACCCAAAUCGAGGUCACCGGCGAUGGAAUCGACUCGGUGUCCCUCGUCACUCUGCUCCGAAGCAAAGUUGGAUUCGCCGAACUGGUCAGCGUCGGCCCCGUGGAAGAGAAGAAGAAGGAGGAGGACAAGAAGAAGACGGAGGAAGAUUCCAAACCGCCGCCGGCGCCCGUCGUAUGGUCCUACGGGUACGCUGCUGGCCCGCCUCAUCACUACGUCUACCAAACGAGCUCCGCCGCCGGCGGGCACUAUUACAACGACAAUGACCCUUCUUGCGCCAUCAUGUAGAAACAGAGUGUACAAAAUUCACCAGGAAAGAAGAAAAAACAGAGUACUCUGCUGAAGAAUUCGACACAUUCCCAUCUCUGGAUUAAUAUGUCUAGUGUGCACAUCGGAUUCUGGAUUCUUCAUGGAAAUGCGCCGAGAGACCAAAAAAGGGUUGUCGUCGGACUGAUCGGACGGCGGUCGGAGAUUUUUAUAUCUCUAGUAGUUUGAAUUCUGAAGCACAAUAUUAGCUAAUAAUGGUGGGCAAUAUGAUAAUUGGUAAAUAUGAGUAAGAACACAUACCUUUGAGUUUAUCAUCUCGACAUUCUUUGGCUUUGUAGAUGAACCCUUGAUGCAAAUAGUUACCUGGCCUGAUGGAUUAACUGAAACACAC